AUGCCUGAACCGUGUGGUGCGAGGAUUGCGGCUCGGGUUGACUUGGUGUUUCCCAGGCCUACGAGGAUUGCGGCUCGGGUUGACUUGGUGUCUCCGAGGCCCACAAGGAUUACGGCUCGGGUUAACUUUGUGUUUCCGAGGCCUACGAGGCCUACCAGGUGUCGGACACGCGCUCAGAUUCCAAAGUGGAAUUUGGGUCUGGUCCUGUCAUUUAAUGGUGGAGUUAGUUUCCCUUAG